AUGGAUGGAACAAUCGCUCCAUUAUCAGAUAUAAAACAUUUAGCAGAUAAAUAUAAAGCAUUAAUUUUCGUUGAUGAUUGUCAUGGAACUGGAUUUCUUGGACGAACAGGUCGAGGAACAGAAGAACAUUUUAAUAUGAUUGGAACAAUUGAUAUUAUUAAUUCAACAUUAGGUAAAGCACUUGGUGGAGCUGCUGGUGGAUAUACAACUGGUUCAAAAGCUCUUAUUAAUUUAUUACGACAACGUUCACGAACAUUUUUAUUUCCUAAUACACUUCCUCCUCCAAUUGUAGCUAGUGGUAUGAAAGCAAUUGAUUUAAUUGAAAAUAAUCCAAAUUUACCAGAACGUGUACUUGAAAAUGCAACAACUUGGUUUUAUAGUGAUAAUCAUCCAAUAUGUCCAGUUAUGUUAGGUGAUGCACGAUUAGCAAGUCAAUUUGCUGAUGAAAUGUUAAAACGGGGAAUUUAUGUCAUUGGUUUUAGUUAUCUAGUUGUACCAAAAGAUCGCGCACGUAUUCGAGUACAAGUAUCAGCAGCUCAUUCCAAAGCUGAUCUUAAACGAUUUAUUGAAGCUUUUGCUGAAGUUGGAAGACAAUUUCAUGUGACAAAAUGA